AAAAAAAACACUCUUCCAUUCAUUUUCUAAUUUUUAGCUAAAGAUUUUCAUUUGUGUUUUGUGUGUGUGUAUGUGAAACUUAGCAAACAUGUCUACGGGUCGUCGUUUAGCGAAACGUUCCAUAAUCGGUACUAAAGUGUGUGCUCCCGGUCCCGAUGGUCUUUGGUAUUCCGGCGUUAUUCAAGAUGUCAAAACUCCGCCUACGGCAACAGUAACUAAAUGCCCAGAUGCUGAGGCCACGGUUGAAAUGACGUCAAACGAAACUAAAUACAUUGUGCGUUUCGAUUUUAAAACUCAAGCAACGGAAACGGUAACAAACGGUAACAGUAACUUAUCCAUACGUAAUCGUAAUGCGAAUCUUAGAGAUAUUAGUCCGGCGCAGACUUUAAGACGUAAUGCUAUGAUAAAAGAAUUCGGUGAAUCGGAAUUAAUCGGUCCAGGUUUUCGUUCGAUAAUUGGUGUACACUUACAACCGGGUCAACGCGUGUACGUUACUUAUAACGGCCGUGAAACAUCAGGUGACAUUAUUCAACAUGAUGCCGUCAAGGAUGAGGUGAUUAUAAAAAUCACACCCAUUGGCUUAGAGGAACCGAUUGAACUAAAGAAACGUUUAGAAGAAGUGCGUUUAUUAGAAUCGCGACGUUCUGCACGUUUAGCUUAUCUGGAUCGUGACACAGAUUUUGCACGUUUAGCCGAUAUGGGUGGAGGUGAGAGACGUCGCACAUCGCACAAUAUUGAGGUGCCAUUAUCAACAUCAUCAUCAUCAUCUUUAUUGUUGUCGUCAACUGCGUUGUUGUCAUCAUCCUCAUCGCCGUCGUUGUCAUCAUCAAUAACAACCGCAACAGUAACGCCACAGCAUAACUCACGUAAACGUCCCCCAUCAUAUACGCACGAGUGCAGUGGCGAUCAAUGCGAUGAAGAAGAAAUGAAUGAAUGCAAUGCGGCCAUGAUUUUGGUAACACUUUCGCAUUCUCCAAAGUCACCGAAAAAUGGAGAUAAAUGGCUUGGUUCAAGUCCUGGUAGUUCUUCAGCAUCAUGGAGUUCGGGUUCUUCAUCGCCACCGCUAAGCGAUGAUGGUCAUAACAUAAGUGCACAUAUGAUAAAUGAUGCUUCUGCCAGUGCUCGUAUACGCACCACCUCAGUAUCUACAUCUGAUGAAGGCAUCGUCGUUGAUUUUAAAGAAGAUGUACCACGAAAAAAGAGGGCCAAUAAGACUAGAUUUGUUUGCACCUAUCCUGGUUGUAAACUAAGUGAAAACACAAAGGCCAAAAUUGAGCGGCACAUACGCAUGGUUCAUCUUAGCCCCAAGAAACCGCGUCGAUCUACAGAUCAAGGUGACGAUUACUUUAUAGACAGUGAUAGCCAUGAAGAAGAGUUUUACUACACAGAGAUCGAGGAUGACGAUGACGACUGCAAAACUCCUAGUCCCACAUCACCACCCACACUUAGCCAUCGUGACAUGGCCCGUCCUCCCCAUGAAGAUCCCGAAUACCAAAGACAAAUUGUUGGGAAUUUCAAGCAAGGACGCGCAGCCGCCAAUCAACAUGUCAUUCAGCAAAGCAAUGGUAAAUCAUUUCAACAAAAUAAUAAUAAUAAUAAUAACAAUAACAACAACAACAACAACAACAACGGUAAUUUGUAUAUAAAUAGCAGCCAACAGCAGCAAUUGCAAAAUAACAAUACUAGCUGCGUCCCCACGUCGCCAUUAGCUCAUCACAAUUAUACAUGGCCAGCGGGAAGUGCUCCUGCUUCUCCCACGAUUACUGCUAAUAAUGUGAAUUAUCAUCAUCAACAACAGCAGCCGGCUACAACACUCAUAAAACAUGCUCGGACCUCACCGCGUCCGUCCCAAUCAGUAGCGCCUUACCCAUCGCCCACAUACGUCCAUCAGCAGCAUCAUAAUUACAGUAGCCCAGUGACGACCAGCAGUCCACUACACACCAACAAUAAUAGCAGUGCCAAUAGCGUACUUCAGCAGUUAUCACAACAAAAUAUUACUGUAACUACACAUCACCAAACGCAACAACAUCAGUCGCAGCAACAGCAACAUCAACACUUGCAGCAACAUCAUGCAGGUACCGUUACCAUUACACCGAAUUAUACACAUCAGACAGUGAGAGCUGGCAGUAGUCAACAUGAAAAUUCUCUGCAACAGCAACAGCAACAACAGCAGCAACAACAACAACAACAUCAGUUGCAACAAUCAUCAACAACAGCCACUGCCAACAGUAACAUUGUUGCUAAUGCCACCAAUGUCGUUAACGCUGCCGCCGCCCAUGCCACAACUACACAUUUACAUCAGCAACACGUCGUCACUGUGCAACAAGCGGCCAAACAUACACCUAACUCACCGAAUCGCCGUACACGGGGCGAGAAUAAAAAAUGCCGUAAAGUCUACGGUAUGGAUCGACGUGACAUGUGGUGUACUCAAUGUAGGUGGAAGAAGGCUUGCACUCGUUUCGGUGACUGAAAAAGGCCUAAAUCGUCGAAGGUGACAACGACGGCAACGACAACGACGACGACGACAGCCACUGAAAAUGCGACUUUAACGUUAUUGUCAUCGACGGCGAACAUAAAUUCAGUAACCGUAACAACACCAACAACAACAACAACAGCAGCAGCAGCAGCAGCAGCAACCACCAGCUCGACGGCGCUCUCGAUUACUAGACCACACACCGAAUUAUUGAUAAAUGCAACGUCAACGGUUCCGGCCUGUACAAAAAAUACAACCACCAAUAAACGUCACGC